ACCGGCAAUUGCAAAACUUCGCGUCUUUAAAAGCGGAGGAAUCGCGCGUACGCUAGCAGUUUCGCAAGAGGGGCCACACUACGAUGAAUGCCUUUACCGUAUUGCUGCUGUGCCUAACGGCGGCAUGUGCAGUGCCAGUGCACUUUCCUGCUCAGAAAACUGUAAUCUACAAUUAUCAUGCCAAUGUAAAAACUGGGAUUAUCGAACCAGCGCAUUAUGCUUCCCAGUUCGUUCUCGUCGGACAACUUCAUAUAAAGAAAGACAUCAGUGAUCCAACUUUGAACAAUGCCUACUAUGUUAAAUUAAACAAUGUAAAAUAUGGCGUGCACAACGGUAUGGUCAUAAAUGAUGAACCGGUCCAGGUGGUUCACGAGCUCGAAGAAGCCACGCUGCAAAUCCAAGAACCGUUCGUGAUUGUCUAUGACGAUCAUGGCAAAUUUCAAGGCAUUAAAAUACUGGAAAGCGAGAGCUGUUGGUCGAAGAACAUUAAGCAGGGUAUUGCCUCGAUGCUGCAACUGGAUUUAACGCAUAUCCAACUGCAAACCCCGAUGCAGCCGCACAAUUUCGUCACGCAUGAGAACACCAUCCACGGUACCUGCCAAGUCGCCUACGAUGUUCAUUCGGCGAACUCAGCAAAUCCGGAAAUUAACAAUUUUGUAGUCACAAAACUGCACGACCCGAGAAACUGCAGUCACUUUGUUCAGCGUGUCUUUGAUCACGUUGAAUGCGAAAAAUGUCACGUCGAAUCUAUGGAUGAUAUGACCACCGCCGCUAGAAGAGUUUUCCAGAUCGAACAGCAAAACAAUGACAUUCUCAUCAAACAUAUGGUUGCCCAUUCAGUCAUCAAUUAUGUUCCUUUCAACGCUCUAUCUCAAGCUCAUUAUCUCUUAACUAAUAUUACUCUAGAUUUGCAUUCCGUGGUGCCAACGAUGGAAACACCUAUGUCGACCACGAAUUUCCAAAAUGUGCCUAUGAUUCGCGACAUCACCUUCAAUAAACCUGUAGGAAAUUAUGCUCUCCAUGCCGCCGAAGAUCUCACUCAUGGUCGACAUAUUGUCAAAUUGGACGUGCUCAUCCCCAAACUUAAGAAAAUGUUAGUCGAGGCCGCUGAUUAUCUUGAGGAGAAUCAUCUGGAAGCCGAAGAACCCGAAUGGAAGCAUGGACAAACAAUAAACAGACUACAGUAUACCAUGAGUUACAUGGAUCUGGGUUCACUGGAACAAGUUUACAAUACUAUUCAAGAUGCAAAAACACCGAAAGAAGUCACGAUGAAAAAUAUCUUCUUGCGAAUGAUUCCAACUGUGGGCACAUCCGCCGCCUGCUACUUCACGCGAAAUGUCAUCCGCAAACACAAAGUGACCGAUGCGAUCGCCGUCGCAAUGUUAGCAAAAUUGUCAAUGCAUGUUAAAAUACCAUCCGAGAGAUUGCUUUUGGAAAUGGAAGAGCUGUUGAAAUUAGACAAUAUCGUGUCAUCCAACGUCAAGAAAGCCAGCAUUCUUUGCUUCUCGAUCUUGAUUCGUAAAACAUUCAUGCAUCAGCAAAGCGAAAUCGCCAAUCCUCUUCUCGAGAGAUAUCUUAAUCGUUUUCUUGAUCAUGUUAAGAACGAUCAAUCAUACGAGAUGAAAAUGGUGUAUCUGAUGGCGAUGAAGAACGUUCAAGUAGGCAAUAUCGAAAAACUUUUAGAACCGAUUAUUCGCGGUGAAAUUAUGGUAUCCGAGAAUCCGCAUCAUAUUCGCGUUCAGGCAAUCUGGGCCAUCAAAAAAGCAAUCGCCGAUAAAGUCGAGUAUACUCACAACCUGCUCUGGCCUAUUCUUGUUGACGUCACUCAACCACUGCCUGUCAGAAUCGUUACUUAUGACAUCUUGAUGAGCCAGAUGCCAAACAUGCAACGACUUAUGAAUAUCUAUUGGUUUAUGGUCCACGAACAGAAUAAUCAUCUGUACAAUUAUCAUUAUACUACUCUGAAAGGCCUCGCUAAUUCCGUGGAUCCUUGCCUCGGACCAGUUCGUGAAAUGGCCAGGAAAGUCUUGCGCUAUACAAAAAUCAGACCGGAAACCAUUGAACUUUCGUCUAAACAUUUUGUUGACUAUACAGAUCCUGUGUACGAACAUGGUGAAUCUUUAAACACUGCUUGGGUUCUCGAUGAAUUAACUGGUUUGCCGCACGCUGGAUAUAUGGAACAUCGCGUGUCGGUCGCUCGUAGAUCUGUCGAGAAAUUCGGUAUCUACUGGAAUGCUUAUGGUCUAGAUGAGAUCAUAAAGAUAAUCAAAGAAGAAUUAAUGGGAAGCACAGUGGAAAAUUUCAGUGACAAACACGUAGAGGAAAUCUUUAUCCGCGCCAAGCAUAACAUACCAGUAAAGAAACAAAUACGGAAACCUGUUCAAAUCGAUAUCUGUAUCACGCUCAACGGUCACGUUAUUUCCGCCAAUCACUACGGUCAGAAUACCUUCAGGAAUAUGUUCACCGAUAUAUCCCAGUUGAAACAAAUAAUGGUCGGCAAUUUUCAGGAGAUCAAAUAUGACACCUUCUACGAGAUGCAAGUACCCAUCGAUAUGGGUCUGCAGGGAGUUUUCACCACUAAGAUGCCUUACUUAUUUUCGCUCAAAUUCAAUAAUAUUUAUAACGAAAUCAGCAAGCUAUCUGUCAAUAUGAAGGCCGAGAUCGACACUCGCAUCUGGAGGCAUGGCGAAUACGCCAUGUCGAUCUAUAAUCCCAUCGCCGACGUUUGGCACUCGAUUCGUCGCGCUAUCGUUCAGGACGUCGCCUUGCCCAUAGAGAUGAACUUCAGUUACAAUCACGAGAUGAAGAGUCUCAAAAUCACUAUGCCGAGACUACCGGUUACCAAAUUGUCGUACACUGGUAUACGAUAUCACGCGAAAAAUCUGGUUACCAUCACUGAAGACGAGCAAGACAUUCUUAAGACUUGCUGCGCUACCUGUCAUCAUCAUACGGUCGUACGCACUGGCGAGAAAAUGAGUCAUCACGUCGCUGUGGAUUCCAAAGAUAUAGGUCUCAAGUAUAGCAUGUCAGUCUUUGAUUGCGAGAACAAGAUUACCCCCGCAAUCAACGUUCAAGAAUGGCAUCGUGCGAUGUCUCCGGAACAUAAGAAUACUUGGAAUUCGAAAAUUGUUCAAUACAUCAUGGGCAUCCAUCAAAAAGCGUUUAACGACUACAUCUCACCGGCAGCGAGUAAUUGCGGAAAGAUCAUGAAGAUGGAACCGAGUGUCCUUUAUCCUAUGUCGCAAAUCGAUAUGACUCUAAGAGUCUUCGUAGAUGAUGUUGAUCAGCAUAUACAUACUAUCAGUAACAAAAAGAUUAAUGUACGCGGUACUAUCAAUGCCAUGGGAAUCCGCACAUGGGACAUGAACAUAAACAUUGACAUGUCUCAAGGACACACAAUUAACAACGUCAAGAUUCAAAUGACGAGAGACACGCCAGGAGAAAAGAAAUUGAAGAUCUGCUUAGACGCCCAGAAGAGCUAUCCGAUUACUAAGACAGAUCCUUUGAAACUCGAUAUCAUCACAAAAGAAGAAACCAACACGAAAAUGACCAUUACUGCAGGAUUUACGGAUGACGAUAAAUGCGUCCGUGACGAAAUGUUAAUCGUGAUGACCGUUAAGGGUGAAAUGACAGAGGAACAAAAGAAGCAGAUGAAACACGACAGCGUACAUGGCUUUUGUAUUAAGGAUAUUCAAAAUCCGCAAUUCCAGACUUCACAAGGCCAUAUUCCUAAAACUAUGAAUUGCAUUCGCGAAACCUUACAAUACACGACCAUGAAGAAAUACACCGUCAACACGUCAUACAAGAAGGUACCUGUAUCUGUGCUCUCGCAACUCGCUCUGAUCGAAGACUCCAUCCGUGUGUUGUAUUGGCCAUAUGUGAAAUACAUCACAAAUCGUACUGAGAGCGGUAAUGCGAAGGUCGUGAUUGAGUUCUCCUCCGAUCAUAACGAUAUUAAUGCAACCAUCGUUACUCCGGUCAGUGGAUACGAAUACGUUCAAGUUCCUUUACAUCAACAAUUAUUUGAGGGUAUGACUGUGAACAAGCCAGUAUCGCAGCCAGGAUGGCUGGACGUCAUCAUGGACAAUACUCGUUUCUCCACAGCAUCAUUGUACAAAAUGAUGAAAGGCCAAUCCGAAAUUUGCACCAUCUAUCCUAAAAUUUUAAUCACCGGAAAGGACGUGAUUCCAUUCGUGACGUCUGAUAAAUGGACUCUUGUAUCCGGCGACUACAUCGACCAGACGUAUGCCAUUUUCGUAAAAGCUGUGCAAGAUAACGCGUUAGCCGUCAAAAUAUAUAUUGCCGGUCACGAGAUGAACAUCGUGCCGAACGAAAAUCAUAUCGUCGUUACUGUCGACGGUAACGUGGUCGAACAACAUGAGAAAGGUGUUGUGGUGCCGAAGGACGAGCUGAGGUCUUACGCAAUCAAACUCACCGAGAACAACGAACAUCUGGUGGUCCAAUCUCAACAGGUACCAAUAAUGAUGAUGUGGACUCCCAACAGCGUGACUCUGAUGCAGGAUACUUCUUUGCAACAUCGUGUGACUGGCCUGUGCGGAAACAUGGACAUACAUAAAAGGACACUUUCCAACAUUUACACUGUCCCACAUCUGUAAUUCAUAAUAUAACGUUCAUAUCUACGUUAUAUUCUUUUAUCAUUAAAAGUUAAAUAGUAGGAUGAUAGUAGUAGAUAGAAAUAGAAACAGAAGAAACAAUAAACUUUUAUUUUUCGUUUA